GACUCAAGUGCAACCAAUUGUCAGUGUCAUGUCGAGCUGCACCUACUCAAUGUUUUCUUGUGUUUUGUUAUCAAAAUCGCGAUGAGCUCAAACAACACUUGCCCCACGGACUCGCCGAUGCGCGGCCCAACGCUGUCGACGAGUACGUCCAGUUUCGAAGCGUUCGAUCCGCACGACCCGAAUCUAAGCAAAUUGGCGACGAAGAUGUUUAGGACGACGGAAGAAUACAUUGCCCACGAAUUGAACGCUCCACUUGAAGAUUACAAACUCCUGGAGGACAUGAACAAAGCGACUCAAGCCAAAUACUCGGACAUGCAACAAAUCGCAGACAAUCUAGUCAUUUCCACUACGGAACUCCAUGACAAACUUGUUGCCCUGGAACCCUUCAUGAACCAAAUCGACGAGAUCGAGGCGACCGUCAACAAGCUGGAGGCCGCCGUCUACAAAUUGGACUCAUAUUCGCUGGCGCUAGAAACCAAGUUCAAAGCUUUAAUGCAAAAGAGAGUUUAAUAUGACAAAUUCGUUUAUUUAUUGAAUAAAGUUAUGCUUAUCCGA